AUUAAACCUCUUAAUAUAAAAACUUCCACCCACCCGAGAGAAAAACCUGAGAAAUGGAGAACGGAGCAAAAGAAAUCGUUUUCAGAGGGAACAAAGCGCUGAAAGUGGCAGAUGCCAUCAGCAUCCGAGGGGUUCUCAACUUGCUAAACGACAAUGUCAACCAGGACGAUAGCAGGCCCACCAUCCCUCUCGGCCACGGUGACCCCUCCGUGUUUCCUUGCUAUCGGCCCUUUGGCCGAAGACGCCAUUGUUGAUGCUGUCCGAUCGGCAAAGUUCAACUGUUAUGCUCACCCCGUCGGUAUUCUUCCUGCUAGGAGGGCCAUUGCAGAAUAUCUGUCUCAUGAUCUUCCAUACCAAUUAUCUCCAGAUGAUGUUUAUCUCACAGUUGGGUGUAACAAUUCAAUAGAGGUCCUUAUAUGUGCACUUGCUAGUCCUGGUGCCAAUAUUCUUCUUCCCAGGCCGGGGUAUCCAAUGUAUGAAUCUCGUGCAGCUUUUAUCAACCUUGAAGUACGUCAUUUUGAUCUUAUACCAGAAAGAGGAUGGGAGGUUGAUCUUGAUUCUGUCGAGGCGCUAGCUGAUGAGAGCACAGUGGCCAUGGUUAUCGUUAAUCCGGGCAAUCCCUGUGGAAAUGUCUUCACAGAGCAGCACUUGAAAAAGGUUGCUGAGACAGCAAGAAAGCUUGGGAUAUUUGUCAUUGCUGAUGAGGUUUAUGACCAUCUAGCUUUUGGAAGUCAUCCUUUUGUUCCUAUGGGGAAGUUUGGAUCAAUUGUGCCUGUUCUUACAGUUGGGUCUAUUUCAAAGAGAUGGAUUGUUCCUGGUUGGCGACUUGGUUGGAUUGUGACAACCGAUCCCAAUGGCGUCUUUAAUAAAUCCGGGGUUUCAGACAACAUUAGAAGAUAUCUAAACAUCUCAGCUGACCCACCUACCUUCAUUCAGGGGGCAGUUCCUGAAAUACUUGACAAAACAAAAGAUGAUUUCUUUUCGAAAAUUAUUAACAUCACUAAAGAAGCUGCAGACAUUUGUUAUGAUAGACUCAAAGAAAUCCACUGCAUAACUUGUCCUCACAAACCAGAAGGAUCCAUGUUUGUAAUGGUGAAACUGAAUCUCUUGCUUCUUGAAGACAUUAGUGAUGACACAGACUUUUGUCUCAAGCUAGCUCGAGAAGAAUCUGUCGUGGUUCUUCCAGGAGUAGCUGUGGGAAUGAAGAAUUGGCUUCGUAUUACCUUUGCAAUUGAGCAUUCUUCUCUUGAAGAAGGCAUUGCUAGGAUAAAGGCCUUUUGCCAAAGGCAUGCCAAGAAUCAUUGAAGUCCACUCUGAAGUUAUAUGAAUAUGCAUGCUGGAUCUCUCGCACUGAGAUCCAUUGCUGCAAGUCAUCUUGGAGUUGAGCAAUAAAAUCCCUUUCUAAGAUGUAAGAAGGGGAUAUGAAAUUCAGAUCAAUUGUUUGGCUUUCAUAUAUAAAUUCCAAGUGUCCAACAAGUUAUUUAGACAAAAUAAAAUGUGUAUGUGUAUGCGAAGUUAUGUUUUCUAAGUUGUAUGUUAUACAAGUUAUUAAAGAUAAGGUGGUUUA